UGGAAAAAAAAUAAUACAAAAUCUCUUAUCAAGUGUUAAUUAGUGUAUAUGAGUUUAAACCAUAUUCAAAUAAUAUAAAAUUAAUGAAAAUUAUUUCACUAAAAAUUUAAAAAUAGUUUUCAUUUUAAAUUUAACGGCUAUUGUAUAAGAAUUUUCUCCGGUUUAUUGUGCAUGCAUAUGCAUGCAUUUCAUGCUUUCAAAAACACACAUAAAUCCGUUGCAUUUAUACACAUGUACAUUAAUUAAAUCAACAGUAACAAAAGCAACUCAUACUAGAGCAGCCCUAAACAAAAGAGAAAACCUUUUUACAUUCAAUUUACCAACUCAUGCAAUAUGUGUGAUUCCGAGCAACAACAUCAGCGAAAUCAACAACAGCAACAACACCAUCAGCCAUCUGCUGUUAAACCGGAACCUUUAACCGUUGCACUUCAUACUACAACACAAUGGCAAGAACAGCAGCAGCAGCAGGAGCAGCAACAACAAGUCCAACAAACGUUGCCAGAAGAUAGCCCAUUAGGGCCUACCAAACUGGCACAUCAAUUUUGGUUUUCAUAUCCGCCACCUGGCGCUGGCGGCGGUUCGUCAAACAGCAAAACAUCGCAAACGGACGAAGAAAAGCAGCGGGAUCGUCAGCGCUGUGAAAGAGAAGCGAAAAAAGAGGAACAAGACGCGCUAAAUUAUAAGAGAGACAAGGAGAGUCGUGAAGCGCGUUUGUUGGAUUUUGAGAUACGACGUCAGCAGGAACGUGAAAAGAAAAAAGAAGAUCAUAAACAUCAGCAUCACAUACAGCAGCAGCAACCGCAUCCAAGUGAGAAAAGUCCACCCACAACCUCGGGACAGGCACAGCAACAAUUAGCGCAGCAGCAACAACAGCAAGAGCAGGAGCAACAGCAACAACAGCAGCAACAGCAGCAACAACAACAGCCACCACAAGAACAUCAGCAACAAUUGGUAGCUAGUAGCAGUGCCCCAACACCCAUAAUACCAACACCACCAGAUCGUAGUCUACCGCCAGCUUUUCGCAGUCGCUCUAUAGAACGAGAAAUUCUCUACGAACGUAAACGACAGUUUUCCACAGUUGAAGCGCUUGAAUUAAAGAAGCCCUUAAGUACCACACCCUCACCACAGGCAAUAACUGGUUCAACAGUCGUCACACCCGUACCAACCCCAGCACUACCACCACCACCAGCCACACCCAUAACAUCAGCAGUUGUGGUGGCGGGCCCACCGGAGUUGCCACCUUGCGUGAUGACUCCACCGAAUCCGAAGAACAGUCCGUGA